AUCCCGUGACGUUUCAGGGAGUCAACCCACUUACAGCUUCCUGUUUGGGUUCUCAGUGGACAUGAGCCGUAGAUCGUAGUCAUUUGCCUAUUCUUUGUCCAUUCAUCGGUGGGUUUGAAUAUUUUUCUGAUUAUUGUUCAAACCUUAAACAAUACAUAAUGGCUGAAACGGGAAACCGUCUACGUAAACUUCUCGAAUCGCCCAAUUUCGACCCACAAAACUACGUGAAGCAGCUGUCACAACAGUCCGAUGGCGACCGAGAUCUGCAGGAGCAUCGACAGAAAAUCCAAAACUUGGCCGACGAAACGGCUCAAAACCUGAAGAAAAACGUCUACAAGAACUACAGGCAGUUCAUCGAGACGGCCAAGGAGAUUUCCUACCUGGAGAGUGAGAUGUAUCAGCUGAGUCACAUCCUGACGGAGCAGAAGAGCAUCAUGGAGAGCAUCACCCAGGCCUUAAUGUCCACGGAUAAGGACGAGACCUCCAAGGAGAUGCAGGCUGCUUUUCCCAAAGAGACAGAAGAGGUGAAGCAAAGGACGCUCACCUCUCUGCUGGAGAAGGUAGAGGGGGGUAAAAACAUCAUGGACACCCCUGGAAGGCAUCUUGUCUACAAUGGAGAUCUUGUGGAGUUUGAUGUUGACAAUAUGUCCCCUAUUCAGAAGGUACACGCCUUCCUCAUGAACGACUGUCUUUUAAUUGCAACCUGGUUGCCGAACCGAAGAGGCACGGUCAAGUACAAAUACAACGCCCUCUAUGACCUGGAGAGCUUCGCUGUGGUCAACGUGAAGGACAACCCUCCCAUGAAGGACAUGUUUAAGAUCCUCAUGUUCCCAGACAGUCGCAUUUUUCAGGCAGAGAACAGCAAAAUCAAGAAAGAGUGGCUGGAGAUCCUGGACGAAACCAAGAAGAACAAAGUCACCAAGGACAGCCGCAAGAAAGAGGAGGAGGCUCCAAAAUCUCCCGCCAGAGCUGAAAAGUCUACAAAUCCUUUCGAUGAGGACGAGGUUGACCAGGCCAAUGUGGAAGAAGGUGUAGACCUCAGUCUGGAGUGGAUCCAGGAGCUGCCAGAAGAUCUGGACGUCUGCAUCGCUCAGAGAGACUUUGAAGGCGCAGUGGACCUGCUAGAUAAGCUCAACGACUAUCUCAGAGACCAGCCAGUCACACAGAAGGUCAAAGAGCUCAGGUCCACAGUGGACGUACGUGUGCGGCAGCUGACAGAGGUUUUGGUGUUUGAGUUGUCUCCAGAUCGGUCACUACGUGGAGGACCAAAAGCAACCAGGAGGGCGGUGUCACAGCUCAUCAGACUGGGUCAGUCCACGAAAGCCUGCGAGCUGUUCCUCAAGAACCGAGCCGCUGCGGUUCAGACGGCCAUACGGCAGCUCCGCAUCGAAGGAGCCACGCUGCUGUACAUCCACAAACUCUGCAACAUCUUCUUCACCAGCCUGUUGGAAACAGCCAAGGAGUUUGAAAUGGACUUCGCCGGAAAUACGGGCUGCUACUCUGCCUUUGUGGUCUGGUCCAAGUCGGCCAUGAGGAUGUUUGUGGAUGCCUUCAGCAGUCAGGUGUUUGACAGUAAGGAGAGUCUGUCGACGGCGGCCGAAUGCGUCAAAGUGGCUAAAGAACACUGUCAACAGCUGACGGAGAUCGGUCUGGACCUGACCUUCAUGCUGCAGUCACUGCUGGUCAAAGACGUCAGGGCGGCGCUGCAGAGCUACAAGGACAUCAUCAUCGAGGCCACCAAGCACCGCAACUCUGAGGAGAUGUGGAGGAGGAUGAACCUCAUGACCCCCGAGGCUCUGACCAAACUCAAGGAUGAGAUGCAAAGCUGCGGCGUGGUCCAUUUCGAACAGUACACGGGCGACGACUGCUGGGUGAACCUCAGCUACACGGUGGUGGCCUUCACCAAGCAGAUGAUGAGCUUCCUGGAGGAAGGCCUGAAGCUCUACUUCCCCGAGCUGCACAUGGUUCUGCUGGAGAGCCUGAGGGAGAUCAUCCUGGUGGCCGUGCAGCACGUGGACUACAGCCUCCGCUGCGAGCAGGACGCCGAAAAGAAGGCAUUCAUCAUGCAGAACGCCACCUUCCUCCACGACACAGUGCUGCCCGUUGUGGAGCUCAGGUUUGAGGAAGCGGUGGGAAAACCAGCCAAACAGCUGCAGGACCUGAGGAAGAGCAACAGGCCGAUCAGGGUCAAUCCAGAGAGCACGACGUCACUGGUCUGAGGCCGGCGUCAAACUUUUAGGACACCUGAAGUGAAAUUGAAAGAACGACACUGAACGUCCUGGGAAUUUCAGAAACAACAGCCGGACGUAUGUACGUUUGGACACGGCAGGACGGGAGACAGUGUUAGUACUAACCUUAUUUACUAAUACUAAUUGAUAAUGAUGUGUAGGUGACAUUUCUAAUCAAACUAGUUAAGUUAAUGACAAGACAGACAUGAACACUACAUUUAUAAUGUCCAUCAUGGUAAUGUUUAAAGUCAACCACACGAACAUCAGCUGACUGUGUCACAGGGAUGACUGAACUGAAAAUGCACUGUUAAAUAUUCACUGUUUAUUGUAAUCUGUGUUUGAAAUUAUCACAUGAACCUUAAUUAAAAAACACCUUGAUGUAAAAGUC